UGUUUCCUUUCUUUUGACGUCGCUUUCGCUUUUCUCACCUCACACGCGCGCUUUCAGGUUCAAAACAUCGUCAGCUCCAUCACUCGCUCGCCCGGUCGUUCGCGCCUAUUCGUCAUACCUACCUAGUUGUGUCGUGCAUUUUGGGGUGCUCUUGUAGCUCGGCCACUCUGAAUAGCAAAGCUCCGAAUGAGCAAAAGCAGAGCAUUGUAGCUAGCUCUCUCACUCUCACUCUCAUUCUCACCCCACCCGGACCUUGCCUCUCCAACAUUGCUUCUCCAACAUAACGUCAAGCUUACAACACACCCUUCCAUCUACAACCCCCCAGCCUCGCCCAAGGCGAAAUCAUGACGGAUUCCGGCGAACCUCAGAGCCCGCCGACGACGGCCAUGGCCUCGACGAACCUCGCUACCUCAAGCAUGUCCUCACCUACCAUUGCGGUAGGGUUCCACGGCGAAGGGCCCGCUGAGACUCGUCCGCCGCUCGCCCCCAUAUCCGAUUCGGCUGCCCAACCAUCAAAGUUUCAGAGCCCCAUGAGGCAUCACCGUCGGACGCCAUCUGCUCAUCGUGAAGUCAAGGAAACGCUCAACGCCGUGACGGAAUAUGGUACCGAGGCUCAGGAUGGCUCGAGUCACCACCGCAUCAACCAGUAUGUCAUUAAAGAAGAAAUUGGCAGGGGGUCCUAUGGUGCUGUCCACCUCGCGACCGACCAAUUUGGCACCGAAUACGCCGUCAAGGAGUUCUCUAAAGUCCGGCUUCGUAAACGCGCGCAGUCCAAUAUUCUGCGUCAGGGCGCUCGCCGACCCCAGCGCUUCGCUCCCCGUGUUAGUCUCAACGCGCCGCUAUCGCCUCAUUUUGGAGAGGAGGGCAACGCUGGUUGGAACGUCAACGAUGCACUGUUCUUUAUUAGAGAGGAAAUUGCCAUCAUGAAGAAGCUGAACCACCCGAACCUGGUUCAACUGAUUGAAGUACUGGACGACCCGGAAGAGGACUCGCUGUACAUGGUCCUUGAGAUGUGCAAGAAAGGAGUCGUGAUGAAGGUCGGGCUCAACGAAAAGGCGAAGCCAUAUGGCGAAGAUUCAUGCCGUUAUUGGUUCCGAGACUUGAUUCUAGGCAUUGAAUACUUACACGAGCAAGGCGUCAUUCACCGGGAUAUCAAGCCGGACAACCUUCUCCUUACCGACGACGAUGUGCUCAAGAUUGUAGACUUUGGCGUCUCCGAGAUGUUUGAGAAGCCCGGAGACCCCAUGAAGACGGCUAAAUCGGCAGGAUCCCCGGCAUUCCUUGCACCCGAGCUCUGCGUGGUCCGACAUGGCGACGUUGAUGGCAAGGCCACUGAUAUCUGGUCCAUGGGCAUAUCGCUGUACUGUCUACGCUAUGGCAAAAUUCCCUUCGAGCAAGAGGGUGUGCUUGAGAUGUACGAAGCUAUCAAGACAGAUUCCCCUGAGCUACCCGAGGAUGAAAACCCCGAUUUUGUGGACCUCAUCAGCAGAAUUCUGGAAAAGGACCCCCAGAAACGUAUUCACAUGCACGAGCUGCGGGACCAUCCGUGGGUUACGAAACAGGGGACAGAUCCUCUGCUAUCAAAGGAAGAAAAUUGCUCAAAUCUCGUGGAGCCCCCAAACGAGCUUGAGCUCAACCGCGCCUUCACACGAAAGAUGAACCAUCUCCUAUGCGUGAUGAAAGCAAUCCACAAGUUCAAGAACAUUCUCACAAGGCAAAGAAACGCCAAAUCACGCGAAGGCUCCCAGACAGACUCCCCCCGCUUGGGCGCACUGCACGAGGAUAUUGAAGCCCUCCUCUCGAAACGCCGUGAGUUCCUCAAGAAGAACAGCCUCGCCGAUGUCACCAAGACCGCGCCCCCCGAGAGGUCCGACUCGGAACCUCGCAUCCUCGGCAUCGGCAUCGGGUCCCGGGAUGAGUUCGACAAGGACGAGCCCUCGGCCGGCGCCGUGGCCGAAUCGCCGACCAACGUCGACUUCAACAUCUAUGACAAGGCGUACGAGGCCGAAGUGGAGCGCAUCAUGAGGAAGCAGACGCGGCAGAAGACCAUGUACCUCACGCGCUUCGUUAAAGACCGCGAGCAUUACAAGGAGGUAGCCAAUGUCGUGGAGGGCACGUCGGCUGGUGUCACGCCCGUGGGGACGCCAAAGGCCGAUACGAACCUGGCUGCCUCCAAGGGCCGGUUCGCUGAUUUGGUUCAUAGCAUGACGGGUGCUUCGAAAGCCAAGGCUGCCGACGAGAAGGAGGAGAGCUGAGAGCGUUGGGAGGCGAGACAAGACGUGAGUGGCCGAGGAGGCAUACGGCCUGGCGUUUUACGGGCAAGCAUGGAAACCGCUCGGAUUGUCUGGUUUAACUUUCCUUUUGAAUAUGAUACCUGUUCGUGGCCACUAUGAGAGACAGAAUUGAUCACCUGGUUCAACAUUCGAACACUUACAUCGAGGUUCACUGUGCUUUAAUCGAGAGCUGUCUUUAGAG